UGCUCUACAAUCAGUAAGUGAAGAUCAUUAACUGAGACUCAAUGAUCACAACACACACGCGUUCCAACAGCGCAAUUCACCCAAACCCCCUUCACUACCCUUAUAUACCCUGCCACUUGAUCCCCUCACAAGCAACACCAUCCCCGCUUUAUCGCCAGGCGGGGUGGCCCAGCGGUUACCCUCGUCAACUCGUGUUUGGCGACCCCCUGAGAAAUUGCCCACAGGUCAUCGGUUCGAUCCACGGCAUCAUAGGUCGCCGAUUUUGGACCAAGAGUCUUGACACUCCACAACUUGAGCUGAAACGAAAAUCCUUCGGGGUUGGCUUUCCACCCUCUCUAGGAGGGUGUUUGUUUUGCACUCUUUUGGUGAGAGGGAAGAUUUGCGCGUCGAUAUCUCGUUUGUUGAUGGCUUGUGGUGUUGUUUUGGUGUUUGAUGUGUGGAUUCGUGCGCAUACUUUUGCUUCUCUUGAUCUCGGACAUUGAGAACGGCGCUUGAUUUAGGGCACUUCUUCUUUCAUGGAUCGCAUGAACCAAUCCGACAGAGUACACGCAAUCUAAGUCCUCCUGGCCAACGAACAAGGCCGUCACAUCUUCAGCACCGUAGCUUUAAUUCAUGGUCACACUUCAUCCUCGCACAAUCAUUUGCAUUCCUCUUGACCACGAUACCGUGACGAUCCUCUGCAGAUUACUCACGGUAGCCUCGUU